ACUGAACAGUAGAAACAAUCCAAAGUGCGAGAAAUGAUGUCGCUACUUAAUCUGGUGCAAGCACGAAUACUAUUUGCAAAAGAGAAUACCAAUAUUGUUGCGGCCACAAGAUUUCUUCGUCCUCUGCUGAGAAGUCCGAUGGCCCAAGUGGUUAUCUCUUUUGUGGUUGGUUAUUUUGCAACAAUUAAGAUUGCCCAAAUCUGUGCGCUGAUCAGAAGCCAAGCCGACAAGAAACGUCCAGAGCUAGAGUUUCCCGCCCAGCUGGAUGCGGAUAGCAGGAGUUGUCAGUCAGAGUUGCCUCCAGAAGGUGAAGUUCUCUCGCUCACAAGGCGACAGUUGACGGCUUUCGAUGGUUUACAUACAGACAAACCGAUCUAUACGGCCCUCAAUGGCAAAAUCUAUGAUCUUAGCUCGUCACGGCAAACCUUCUCGCAACUUGGAAUCUUUUCCUUGUUGGCCGGCUGUAAUGCCAAUCAAGUCCUCAAUAUUGCAUGUGGCUCCAUGGGAGUUUGUACCGACGAUGUCAUCCAACGAUGGGAGCAGAGCCUUAAUGCCGAAUUCAAUAUUAUUGGCUAUUUAAUUGACAGCGAUGCGUCCGAUGGGGAAGCUGAAUCUGAAGCCGACGACGACGACAUGACGGUUGUGAGUGGAAUUAGCUAGGAUACUGGGAAUUGUGCUAGUGAACCUUAAUCUUGGCCAAUGAGUUUUAGCAACAUUUUAUUAAUAAAUGCGAACCUAAGUUGUAAACAAUGUU